GUAGCAUGGCUAACAUCCUAGUGGCCCAGCUAACUUUCUGGUAACAUGAUUAACUUCCUGGUAACAUGGUUAACAGGCUUAGCUAAUGACCGGCAGGCGGGAUGACUUUCUGUUAGCAUGAUUAGCUUCCUGGUAGCCUGGCUAACUUGCUGGUGGCAUGAUUAACUGCCUGGUAGCAUGGCUAACAUCCUGGUUGCCCAGCUAACUUCCUGGUAACAUGAUUAACUUCCUGGUAGCAUGGUUAACAGGCUUGGCUAAUGACCGGCAGACGGGAUGACUUUCUGUUAGCAUGAUUAGCUUCCUGGUAGCAUGGCUAACAUCCUAGUGGCCCAGCUAACUUCCUGGUAACAUGAUGAACUUCUUGGUAGCAUGGUUAACAUGCUUGGCUAACGACCGGCAGACGGGAUGACUUCCUGUUAGAAUGAUUAGCUUCCUGGUAGCUUGGAUAACAGGCUUGCCCUUAACAUCCUGGUAGCCUGGCUAACUUCCUGGUACCAUGGCUAACAUGCUUGGUUAACGUCUUGGUAGCCUGGCUAACUUGCUGGUGGCAUGAUUAACUGCCUGGUAGCAUGGCUAACAUCCUAGUGGCCCAGCUAACUUCCUGGUAGCAUGGUUAACAGGCUUGGCUAAUGACCGGCAGACAGGAUGACUUCCUGUUAGCAUGAUUAGCUUCUUGGUAGCCCGGCUAACUUCCCGGUAGCAUGACUGAUGUCCUGGCAUCAUGGCUAGCACGCUUGGCUAACGUCCUGAUAGCCUGGCUAACGUUCGCUUCCGCGUUGAGCAUUUCUUCCAUGCAGUUGCUUUUAGGAGCUCCUGUGUGUUUUUGGCAUUAGCAUUUUUAUUUGUUUUCACGUGUGAUAGCAGAAUUUUUUGUUUGCGCCGAUCCACCAGCCUUGUAUCGUUACUUGGUAUCGCGGCAUCGAUAGCAGAAUGUGCCGUAUCGCCCACGGCUGGCGAGGAUCAUGGAUUCCAAGUCAGGACGGUGUAGAAGGUGAUGGGAGGGGCUGCGAGAGCUGCAGCAAUGUGGGGUCCAACAUCCUCCAAGCUGAUUUAACCCCCCAACGACAAGAUCUAUUUCACAGAACCCCCCCCCCCCCCCCCACCCCUCCCGACACGACAUUUAUUUCAGCGAACCCCCUCCCCACACGGCACUGGGGCGCUCCACGUGCUUUGCGGUGCGAAGCGAAGUUGUAACGAAGCCACCAAGAGGCCACCAAGAGGCGGUACCGGUGGUCGUGGUGGUGUGGUUCCGGUCAAAGAGGACAAUUGCUGGGUGUUUUUUUUUUGCAUCAGGGAGGAGGCGAAGCCGGGAGGCUCGAUGACGACGAAAGAAGACAAGAUCCCAGCAGAUGAAAUGGCUAACCCAUCUCCAGCUAAAAGUGUUGGUGAUCCUGGCAUCACUCCGCUGUCCCCGACACAUAUUCAGAAUGACAGCAGCGACCAAGUGCCGUCAGGAAUGGCCUUCAUGGUGGUGGUGGCCAUCGACUUCGGCACCACGUCCAGCGGCUAUGCUUACGCUUUCACCAAGGAGCCCGAGUGCAUUCACACCAUGAGGCGAUGGGAGGGUGGAGAUCCCGGGGUGUCCAACCAGAAGACCCCAACCACAAUCUUGCUGACUCCGGACAGAAAGUUCCACAGUUUUGGCUACGCGGCACGGGACUUCUAUCAUGACCUGGAUCCCGGCGAGUCCAAGCACUGGCUGUACUUGGAGAAAUUCAAAAUGAAGCUCCACACCACCGCGAACCUGUCCAUCAAUACGGAUCUCCAGGCAGCCAAUGGGAAGCGCGUGAAAGCUUUGGACAUUUUUGCUUACGCGCUGGCCUUCUUUAAGGAGCAAGCACUGAAGGAGCUGAGUGAUCAGACAGGUUGCGAGUUUGACAACAACGAUGUCCGAUGGGUCAUCACCGUUCCUGCCAUCUGGAAAAUGCCUGCUAAACAGUUCAUGAGGGAAGCCGCUUAUAAGUCCGGUCUGGUGUCGCGCGAAAACCCAGAGCAACUCAUCAUCGCCCUGGAACCCGAGGCGGCCUCCAUCUACUGCCGCAAGCUCCGCCUCCACCAGAUGGUCGACUUGAGCAACCAAAGCACCCAGAAUGGCGUCAGCCCGACGGACAAUGUGGGAAGUACAAUGACCCAAGCGUCCCCGGGCCAUGCUAAGGAGCAUGUUCGACGUAACCGGCAAAGUCGCACCUUUUUGGUGGAGAAUGUCGUAGGGGAGCUUUGGUCGGAGCUGGAAGAAGGUGACCGUUACGUGGUGGUAGACUGCGGCGGAGGGACGGUGGACCUGACCGUCCAUCAGAUCCGCCUCCCCGAGGGCCACCUGAAGGAGCUUUACAAGGCUUCGGGCGGACCGUACGGCUCUCUGGGGAUCGACUAUGAGUUUGAGAAGCUGCUGUGUCAGAUCUUUGGGCAGGAUUUCAUCGACCAGUUCAAAAUCAAGAGACCGGCCGCUUGGGUGGACCUGAUGAUCGCCUUCGAGUCACGGAAACGAGCAGCAGCGCCUGGCAGGACCAACCCCCUCAAUAUUAACUUGCCAUUCUCCUUCAUCGACUACUACAAAAAGUUCAGGGGUCACAGCGUUGAACACGCCCUUCGCAAAAGCAAUGUGGACUUUGUUAAAUGGUCAUCUCAGGGGAUGCUGAGGAUGAGUCCCGAUGCCAUGAAUUCCCUUUUCAAGCCCACCAUUGACCACAUCAUUCAGCACCUGAAUGAGCUCUUCGAGAAACCCGAGGUGAGCAACAUCAAGUUCCUUUUCCUGGUGGGAGGUUUUGCCGAGUCGCCUCUUCUCCAGCAAGCGGUCCAGAACAUGCUCCACGGCCGCAGCCGCAUCAUCAUCCCCCACGACGUGGGCCUCACCAUCCUCAAGGGCGCCGUGCUCUUCGGCCUGGACCCCGGCAUCAUCAAAGUGCGGCGUUCCCCGCUCACGUACGGCGUGGGCGUCCUCAAUCGCUUCGUGGAGGGAAAGCACCCGUCGGAGAAGCUGCUGGUGAAGGACGGCACGCGCUGGUGCACCGACGUCUUCGACACCUUCAUCUCGGCCGACCAGUCGGUGGCGCUGGGCGAGCUGGUGAAGCGCAGCUACACGCCGGCGAAGCCCUCGCAGCAGGUCAUCGUCAUCCACGUCUACUGCGCCGAGAAGGAGGGCGUGGCCUUCAUCAGCGAGUCCGGCGUCAAGAAGUGCGGGACGCUUCGCCUGGAUGUUAGCGGAACGGAGAGCACAGCCCCGCGCCGUGAAAUCCAGACGCUCAUGCAGUUUGGCGACACGGAGAUUCGGGCGAUGGCGGUGGACGUGGCCACCGGCCGCACCGUCAAGGCCGGCAUCGACUUCCUCAGCCAUUAGGAUCGGAUUCGCAUUCUACACGGAAACUACACGGAAACUACACGGCUUACACACGCACGACUACGCCGACCUUUCAUGCGCUUUUGGGGGUCGUCUGAAGGACAGUCCGUUGCUUCACUUGCCAUAGACCCCAAGCUGGACCCGGGCUGGGCCCCAUCUGGAAUCCAUACAGGAUCCAUGAUGGGCCCAAGCUGGACCCAUGAUAGAAACCAUGCAUGACCCAUGAUGGGCCCAUGCAGGACCCAUGAUGGGGCCAAGCUGGACCCAUGCAGGACCCAUGAUGGGGCCAAGCUGGACCCAUGCUCGACUCCAUGCAGGACCCAAGCUGGACCCAUGAUGGAAACCAUGCAGGACCUAUGUUGGCCCCAAGCUGGACCUGUGCUGGGCCCAAUCUGGAAUCCAUACAGGAUCCAUGAUAGGCCCAAGCUGGACCCAUGAUGGAAACCAUGCGGGACCCAUGAUGGGCCCAAGCUGGACCCAUGAUGGAAACCAUGCGGGACCCAUGAUGGGACCAAGCUGGACCCAUGAUGGAAACCAUGCAGCACCCGUGCAGGACCAUGAUGGGCCCAAGCUGGACCCCCAUGCUGGACCCAUGAUGGGCCCAAGGUGGACCCAUGAUGGAAACCAUGCAGGACCCGUGCAGGACCAUGAUGGGCCCAAGCUGGACCUGUGCUGGGCCCAAUCUGGAAUCCAUACAGGAUCCAUGAUGGGCCCAAGCUGGACCCAUGAUGGAAACCAUGCAGGACCCGUGCAGGACCAUGAUGGGCCCAAGCUGGACCCAUGAUGGUAACCAAGCGGGACCCAUGAUGGGACCAAGCUAGACCCAUGCCGGGAACCAUGCAGGACCCGUGCAGAACCAUGAUGGGCCCAAGCUGGACUCAAGCUGGACCCAUGAUGGAAACCAUGCAGGACCUGUGCAGGACCCAUGAUGGGCCCAAGGUGGACCCAUGAUGGGCCCAAGGUGGACCCAUGAUGGAAACCAUGCAGGACCUGUGCAGGACCCAUGAUGGGCCCAAGGUGGACCCAUGAUGGAAACCAUGCAGGACCCAUGAUGGACCCAAGCUGGACCCAUGAUGGGCCCAAGGUGGACCCAUGAUGGGCCCAAGGUGGACCCAUGAUGGAAACCAUGCAGGACCCAUGAUGGACCCAUGAUGGACCCAAGCUGGACCCAUGAUGGGCCCAAGGUGGACCCAUGAUGGAAACCAUGCAGGACCCGUGCAGGACCAUGAUGGGCCCAAGCUGGACCUGUGCUGGGCCCAAUCUGGAAUCCAUACAGGAUCCAUGAUGGGCCCAAGCUGGACCCAUGAUGGAAACCAUGCAGGACCCAUGAUGGGCUCAAGCUGGACCCAUGAUGGUAACCAAGCGGGACCCAUGAUGGGACCAAGCUAGACCCAUGCCGGGAACCCUGCAGGACCCGUGCAGAACCAUGAUGGGCCCAAGCUGGACUCAAGCUGGACCCAUGAUGGAAACCAUGCAGGACCUGUGCAGGACCCAUGAUGGGCCCAAGGUGGACCCAUGAUGGGCCCAAGGUGGACCCAUGAUGGAAACCAUGCAGGACCUGUGCAGGACCCAUGAUGGGCCCAAGCUGUACCCAUGCAAGGCCCAACCUGGAACCUAAGCUGGACCCAACUUGAACCCUUGCAGGACCCAUGCUGGAAUCCAGGCUGGACCCAGACUGGACCCAAGCUGGGCCUUUUAGGGGGCGGGGCCGUUCCACUGAAUCUAUCCCAUUUGCAUUCCCAGGAAAUGAAACGUAUCAAUUCCCAAUCACAGAUCCAACUUUUCCUUGCCUGUCUCCUAAAGACGUCCUUCCUAAAAUCAGAAACAAGGAAAUCCUUGAGAAUGUCAUAUUUUUCCAACAAAAGGUUCGAGUUCCUUCUCAUCCCGACGACGCUACAACUUUAUUUUCUUACAAAAGAAGCCAACAGUUUUGUGUUGAAAUGGACGCAGGAAUGAAUGUCAUGUUAUUAUAUACAUGCAAUACAUGCUAUUAGCAUAAAUACCAUGUGGUAAUAUUUCAUAAUAUUUGCAGUCGUGUUCCUCCAACGAGUACUACGGGCUCGGGAAACUCCCGGAAGGACGGAACCCGCUCGUUUUGGACAACCAUGUCAAAGUGAUGCUAAUGCUGUCGUAUCGUUGAUGAAGUAUCAACCCCCAAUUAUCAUAAAAGUAUAGAACACAACAGCUGUACAUACAGUACAUACUGUAGAUAUAUAUAGUACUAUAUAUGUACUCUCUAUCACUCAUCACGUUUCUUUCAUGCUCUCUCUCUCUCUUUCGUGUUCUCUACUCCGCUCCACCAUCCUGUUAUCGUGAGAAACAAUAACAUCGAAUAUUACACAAACUCUGCGUACUCACACUUAGUCAGUGCGUAAGUGCACACUUAGCGUACUCGGACUUUUCAGUACAUAGAUUUAGUGUGUCUACACUAUGGCAAAAUGCAGUACACUGUCGUUAUUGAACCACAGUCGAUUAAUAAUCCAUCCACCUCACAGGUGUGCCCGCCGCUGGCCACAACUAAAGGCUGCUACCACAACAAGCUAAAACUCUGACUCUGAAACCCCAGACAGUCUUUAUUACGUCUGAAAUGUCUUAUUUUCACAAAUUAUGUCUACUAUAUUGGGUAACAGGAGUGUAAAGGUGACUAUAGGGGUGUUAUUUUGUGUUUUGAGAGCUCUAAUAAUGUUAAAGAGAAAUUUUAGAAGGUCAUAAACAAGCUUUCUAUGUUUUUUUAUGUCUUAUUUUCACAAAUUAUGUCUACUAUAUUGUGUAACAGGAAUGUAAAGGUGACUAUAGGGGUGUUAUUUCAUGUAUAGAGGGCUCUAAUCAUGUUAAAAAGUUCAUUUAGAAGGUCACAAAAAAGCUUUCUAUGUUUUAUAUGUCUUAUUGUCGCAAAUUAUGUCUACUAUAUUGGGUAACAGGAGUGUAAAGGUGACUAUAGGGGUGUUAUUUCAUGUAUAGAGGGCUCUAAUCAUGUUAAAAAGUUCAUUUAGAAGGUCACAAACAAGCUUUCUAUGUUUUAUAUGUCUUAUUUUCACAAAUUAUGUCUACUAUAUUGUGUAACAGGAAUGUAAAGGUGACUAUAGGGGUGUUAUUUUGUGUCUUGAGAGCUCUAAUAAUGUUAGAAAGUAAUUUUAGGUCACAAACAAGCUUUCUAUGUUUUAUAUGUCUUAUUUUCACAAAUUAUGUCUACUAUAUUGCGUAACAGGAAUGUAAAGGUGACUAUAGGGGUGUUAUUUUGUGUUUUGAGAGCUCUAAUAAUGUUAAAAAGUACAUUUAGAAGGUCAUAAACAAGCUUUCUAUGUUUUUAUGUCUUAUUUUCACAAAUUAUGUCUACUAUAUUGCGUAACAGGAAUGUAAAGGUGACUAUAGGGGUGUUAUUUUGUGUUUUGAGAGCUCUAAUAAUGUUAAAAAGUAAUUUUAGAAGGUCACAAACAAGCUUUCUAUGUUUUUAUGUCUUAUUUUCACAAAUUAUGUCUACUAUAUUGCGUAACAGGAAUGUAAAGGAGACUAUAGGGGUGUUAUUUUGUAUCUUGAGAGCUCUAAUAAUGUUAAAAAGUAAUUUUAGAAGGUCAUAAACAAGCUUUCUAUGUUUUUUAUGUCUUAUUUUCACAAAUUAUGUCUACUAUAUUGCGUAACAGGAAUGUAAAGGUCACUAUAGGGGUGUUAUUUCAUGUCUUGAGAGCUCUAAUGUUAAAAAGUUAAUUUAAAAGGUCAUAAACAAUCUUAGGAGGUGGUAAACAGGUUUUCUAUGCCUUUAUAUAUCAUAUUUACACUUAUUACGUCUACUAUAUUGGCAAUAGGAGUGUAGAGGUGACUAUAGGGGUGUUAUUUCAUGUCUAGAGGGCUCUAAUAAUGUUAAAAAGCAUAUUUAAAAGGUGGUAAACAGGUUUUCUAUGCCUUAUAUAUCAUAUUUUCCUCAUAUUAUGUCUACUAUAUUGGGUAACAGGAGUGUAAAGGCGACUAUAGGGGUGUUAUGUCCAUGUCUGGAGGGCUCUAAUUAUGUUACAAAGUGUAUCCAUGUGGAUGAAAGGCUGAAACCUCCAAUGCUUUACCCUUGGGCCCUGAAGACAUUGGUUGUGGGCACCCCCAAUGUCGGAUAAAAAAAAAAAUGGCUUCGCGUGCGUAUAAAAUGUGCGAGGAGUUUUAGUGUCAGUAUGAACUUAAACCUAAAUGAUAGCGAAAUGAAGACAAAGGACAUAAAGUAGACUCCCCAAAAGAUGAAAUACCAGAAUGAAAUGAAAUAGCAAUCUUUCAUCAACACCUUUAGCAGCUUUUUUUGACUCAAGCACCUCUUCAGAAACAUCCCUCAAAAGACCUUCUUCCCACCCGCCACUCUGAAUAUGUCGUCAGCAUGCCGUGCUUCCAAAAGGAGAGCGAGGAGGUACAGUGCGCCUCCUGCUAUGGCAUUCACUACGCCCGCUUGAGGAGCCUGCAUUGGCAGCUCGUCUGCACGUCUUAAAGGGUCCCUGACAUGAUUACCUUGGCUUCAGUAGCUUCUGUGGAUAUUUGGCAUUCCCUACUACAGCCAGCUAGCUAGUUCAGUUGCACUUUUUUUACAUUAUUAGAGCCCUCAAGACAUGACAUAACACCCCUAUAGUCACCUUUACACUACUGUUACCCAAUAUAGUAGACAUAGUAUAGUAGACAUAGACAUGAAAUAACACCCCUAUAGUCACCUUUACACUCCUGUUACCUGAUACAGUAGACAUAAUAUGAGAAAAUAAGACAUAUAAAACUUGUUUAUGACCUUUUAAAUGCAAUUUUUAACAUUAGAGCUCUCAAGACAUGACAUAACACCCCUAUAGUCACCUUUACACUACUGUUACCCGAUAUAGUAGACAUAAUAUGAGAAAAUAAGACA